AUGAGAGUCGUCCAGCAGUGCCGCCCCCUGCAGGACAGGGUGGGGAAGUGCAGGCCCGGGUGAACCCCGAGACAGGCCGCGGGAGCCUGCGCUAACCCCGCCUCUUCCGCGCCCCUGUCCCAGCGGCCCGCAGGAAGCCCAGCCCGGAGGACUUCGUGCUGUGCGACGUGGUGGGCAGGCCCCUGCCCGGGCCCGCGGGGGGCAUCGACUGGCAGGCCAAGUGCCGCAGGGGCGUGGCCUCCUGGGAGCGCCCCCUGCUGCUGCUGGACAUGUGGAGGCCGAAGGAGGGCUACGAGCGGCGCUUCGAGAUCCGGCGCCGGGAGGAGUACGAGCAGGAGGAGAGAGAGAGGGAGGCGCAGAGGGACAGGGAAGGCGCCGGCUACACAGGGGUGAGGUGGCGUCGCCAUCGCAUCGCCUCGGGGGGCGGGGCCGACAGCGGGCGGGGCCCGAUCGAGAGGGGGGCGGACCUGAGGCGCAGCAUCAGCGACAUGAACCUGAGCCUGCGGCGCCGCCAGGGCCACCAGCUCGCCAACGACAGCCUGCCGGACAGCGGGCCGGGCAGCCCGGGCCGGAAGGACAUCAUGAGCAUGAUCGAGACGGACCAGGGCGAGCCCCGGGGGCCGCAGGUCAGCCCCGAGGAGCAGGCGGGAGCUCGGGAGGAAGAGGCUGCGAACUCUGACCUGGAAAGGAUGUCCCAGAGUCUCAUUCUGCCCCCUGCUCACUGCCCAUACUUCCUGCUGCUGCAGGGGUACGACCAGAGCAAGGACUUUGUGCUGUACAUCAUGUCAGGGCACGCGCACGUGUUCGGCCGGCUGCUGGGCGCGCGGGAGAGGGCCGGGCCGGAGCGCGACCGGGCGCGUGACCGCGAGAGGGAGAGGGCGGGGAAACGCAGGAAGCCCCUGAAGGUCGACACCUUCCUCUCCGCCCCCGACCUGCUUCCUCGACACCUGUUGGUCCGCAGAGACUCCGCCCUCUCUGGCCACGCCCACCCGGCCUCAGACUCCCGCCCCUCGGCCCCCAGCCCCGCCCUCGUCCGGCCCUUCCGGGGGGCGGCCGUGACCCACAACGGCGCCGAGCUCUACCGGGAGGCCGAGCUGAGGCCCGGCGACCUGCUGGGCCUGGGCCAGCACUUUGUCUUCCUGUACCGCGACCCCCGGGUCGUGCCGGCCCCGCCCCUCUCGCUGGCGCUGCCGUGGCAACGGGCCCUGUCCCUGGCUCCGCCCUCAGGGCCGCCCUGCUGCCCCGGUGCUUUAACAGACAGACAGGAGGCUCUGAGGGAGUACCUGGGCUCUCCGGACCCAGUGCUGAGGUUCCUGCCCAAGCACAUCGAUGCAUUACUGCAGGAGAUUAUUUCUAAGAAUUCUUCUCCUGACUCUGGAGGCGGUGCCUUGGCACCUGCAUACCUCCUGUCAAUCAUGAUAGAUCACACCUCCAAGCAGCUUGAUCCCGUCCUCCUGCCCCAGGUUCUCCUGAAGACAGCCAAUCACAUCAAAGCGAUCGCCUGGGACAAGAUCAAGGAGUUUGGAGACAAGCACCCCGCCGAGAAUCCAGCGGAGGGGGCAGAACUGAGCGCGCCCAGCAUUAAGGAAGUGGCCUCUGACCUCCGGCCCCUGAUGUUCUGGAUGUCCAACGCCACUGAGCUGCUGAACUUCUUCCAGGUCAAAGUGGAGGAGAUGGAGCAUGAGUGGGAGUUUGAAGCACCCGGAGACCCCGCCCUCUCCGCCGACCUGGACACCUGCGCCGAGGCCCUGGCGCUGCUUGAUGACGUCAUCAUGUACACCUUCCAGCAGUGCGUCUACCACCUCACCAAGACACUGUACUCCCUGCUGCCGGCUCUCCUGGACACCAAUCCCUUCUCCACAGCGCCCGGC